UUGCGUCGCUCGUGGACGUGGUGUUUAUGCGCGGAUAUGAACCAAUGGAAUCUGGCCAUAUAUAGCCUAGUCCUAUAGCUCUGACAAGUAUUUACAAGCCUCUGCCUUUCUCAGUGGCGGUGAAAGUGAAAUUACUGUGGAAAAGUCGCUUUGCGCAAACAAAGGGUUCAAGCCUUGCUCUGUGAAUUGCACGGAAAAAUUUGGUAAGAAACAUACAGUCGCCAUUGCAAUGAUCGUCAGCCUAAGUUAACAGCAAUCACUUUCAUGUUGUGAACUGAAAUGGUCAGAAUUUCUGGUCUGUCGUCAUCAUAUACAUGACUAGUGUGAGGCAGCAAAAUACAAACAUUUAUCAAGAUGGAUAUGUUUGAAGAUUACUGUAUAAUAACUCAGGAGGACCUGGAAGAUCUUAAAGAAUCCAUAUCUACUCAGGAUCUCCCAUCAGCGAUAAACACGAUCAAAGAAUACCUCAAACAGCAAGAUCUUGUAGAACUUAACAUUGGUGUGACGGGAGAGUCAGGUUCUGGAAAGUCCACGUUUGUCAAUGCAUUCAGGGGUUUAGGGGAUGAAGACGAAGGCUCUGCUAAAACUGGCCCAGUAGAAACCACUAUGGAGGCUGAAGUUUACCUUCACCCUAAGUACAAAAAUGUGAAAGUGUGGGAUCUUCCUGGCAUCGGAACACCAAACUUCAAAGCCAAUGAGUAUCUUGAACUGGUUCAGUUUGAACGCUAUGAUUUUUUCAUCAUCAUUGCUUCGGAUCGGUUCAGAGAAUGCCACACUCAGCUGGCCAAAGAGAUAAAGAACAUGGGGAAAAAGUUUUAUUUUGUUCGUUCUAAGAUUGACUCAACCAUUACUGCUGAGAAGAGGAAGAAGAACUUUGACCUGAGAAAGACACUGGAUACCAUCCGAGAGGAUUGUGAAAAUGGUCUGAAAAAGAUUGGUAUAGAGGAUCCUGUUGUCUUCCUGAUCUCUGGUUGGGAGCUCGGCAAGUAUGAUUUAAAUCAGCUGCAGGAGAGGAUGGAGAAAGAGCUUCCACAGCAUAAGAGACGUGUGCUGAUGUUGGCUUUGCCAAAUAUUACACACAAGAUUAAUGAGAAAAAGAAGAAAGUGUUUGAGGACAACAUUGCAAAAGUAGCCUUCCUGUCUGCUUGUGUGGCUACAGUUCCUCUUCCUGGUCUUUCAUUUGCUGUGGAUUUAGCUAUUGUUAAACAACAGACAGAAAUGUACUACAGUGCGUUUGGUCUGGAUGAUACAUCCCUACAGAUGCUCUGUGAGAAAUCUGGUCAGAGCAUAGAAGAACUGAAGAGUCAGAUGAAGUCUCCUCUGCGUUUUGGGAUAAACCCAGCUUCAAUAUUAACUUUACUGGGUGCUGCAUCCCUGACUGUGGCUGAAGAUGUAGUUGAGUAUGUUAUAAGUGUCAUACCUAUUAUCGGCUCUGUGGUGGCAGGAGGAAUGUCCUAUAUGACAGUCUCAAUAAUGCUGAAGAGAGCUCUGAAUGACAUAGCAGAAGAUGCCAGAAAUCUGCUAAUGGCUUCACUGGAGACUGAAGUGUAAAUGUAAAAUGUGACAGGUUUAAUGGUCUAUUCAACAGAAUUUAUACUAUUAGGAUGUUUACAAAUAAAAAAAGAAAUCAACUGA